UCUUGGUUGGAUCAUGCAUGUGCAAUUGUGCAUGCAAAGUUGAAGAUCUCGGCAAAAGUAAAAUGGGUUGUAGUCUUCCAGGAUCUGGUGAUGUCCGGAAGUAUUGGACUGUAGCUCCCAUCCUCUAGGGAAUGGUAGAAGUUGUCCAAUGCAGUGAGGGAGAAGAAGUAGGUUGGUGAAGUAUGAAUCAAGGCAUCUGGUCCAAGAAUGCCUCUCAAGAUUGUCAAAGGUUACAGAAAAGACUGCGUUGGCAUGAGGACUAGGAAUGUAGUGUGCAGGAAAUUCGGAUUAUUGGUAACUGGGUAAAAGCUGAUACUAAGGAAACUGGUGUACGAUAGAAGGACUAUCUUCUGUGAUUCCCUGUCCAUGUGACUUUGCUCAUCCCAUGUUGCUAUGUCCAUCCCAGCCCACCUUGCAUUUUUGUAGCAGGCAACCCCAUGAGAGGUCCUCACCCAUCCACAGGUUGGAUGUCUCAGUAUGCUUUCCUGCAUCUUUGUGGUAAAUUGUCUGGUACCCGCUUAACUCUUGGGAAGCAGUCUAAUGGGGGAUGCAUUUGCUGGAAAGUGUGGUUGCACUUCUUGUUCUCCCAUCCGGUGGGAUUGUUCCACACUUUCCAAGAACCCUCUUCAUGACCAGCUCUUUCCUUGUUGUGUCCCGCUGCUUCAUGCCCCCUGGCACCCCAACCCUACAUCUUCUGUGCUGCUCUAAGGAGGUGCAGAUAGAGCUGCACUGUCCAGAUGCCACUGCCUGCCUCGCCUCCCUCCUUACUUGCCUGUCUCUGUGCCUGCCCCCAAGGGAGGGCUGGUGGGUGGGCGCUAUUGUUUUUGCUGUUGCUGCUCAGCUGAGAAUGAGAGCAUCCAGGGUGGGGGAAUUGGAUCGAUAGCAGGCUGAGUUGCUUUGCCACUGUGUGCCAGCCACCUGCUGCCCCCAACCCAACUAGGGCAGGGGGCACAGCUGUAGACCUCUGUCCAUCUGGAAGAGCUCCUAUCUUUCUUACCUCUCGGCUCGGCUUCCUCAACAAUUAUUUCCUUCCCCCAUGUAUGACGACUCCUAUCUCCAUGGAUUCGAAGACUCUGAAGUGGGCUCUGCUGAUUCCUACACUAGCCGCCCAUCAUUGGAUUCCGACGUGUCGCUAGAGGAGGAACGUGAAGGGGUGAAGCGCGAAGUGGAGAACCAGGCCCAGCAGCAGCUUGAAAAAGCCAAGAACAAACCAGUUGCAUUUGCUGUCCGUACUAAUGUCAGCUACUGUGGCGCAUUGGAUGAAGAAUGUCCUGUGCAGGGAUCUGCCAUCAACUUUGAAGCCAAAGACUUCUUGCAUAUUAAAGAGAAAUACAGCAAUGACUGGUGGAUCGGGCGGCUAGUGAAGGAGGGGGGAGACAUCGCCUUUAUCCCCAGCCCACAGAGGCUGGAGGCCAUACGGCUGAAACAGGAGCAGAAAGCCAGGCAAUCUGGGAAUCCUGCUGCCAGCAACAGGCGAUCGCCUCCCCCAUCAUUAGCCAAGCAGAAGCAAAAGCAGACAGAGCACAUCCCUCCAUAUGAUGUGGUUCCUUCCAUGCGGCCAGUGGUGCUGGUGGGACCCUCACUGAAAGGAUAUGAGGUGACCGACAUGAUGCAGAAAGCUCUUUUUGAUUUCUUGAAGCACAGAUUUGAUGGCAGAAUCUCCAUCACACGUGUUACAGCAGACCUGUCUCUGGCCAAGCGCUCGGUGCUCAACAAUCCUGGGAAACGGGCCAUCAUUGAGCGAUCUACAACUCGGUCUAGUAUCGCUGAAGUCCAGAGCGAGAUUGAGCGGAUCUUUGAAUUGGCCAAGUCCUUGCAACUGGUAGUGCUGGAUGCAGACACCAUCAACCACCCAGCCCAGCUGGCCAAAACCUCUCUGGCUCCCAUCGUUGUCUAUGUCAAAGUUUCUUCCCCAAAGGUGUUGCAACGCCUUAUUAAAUCCAGAGGGAAAUCACAGGUGAAGCAUCUCAAUGUGCAAAUGAUGGCUGCUGACAAGCUUGUCCAGUGUCCUCCGGAACUCUUUGAUGUGAUCCUAGAUGAGAACCAGCUGGAGGAUGCUUGUGAACAUCUGUCUGAGUAUUUGGAGGUAUACUGGCGAGCAACCCACCACCCUGCACAAGGCCUUGGGAGCCAGAACCUCCUGACUCCUUCCACUGCCAUUUCUGGCCUGCAGAGCCAGGCCCCAAUGGGUGAGCAAGAGAGUGAGCGCUCCCCGGUGGAGCACGACAGCUUGAUGCAAUCUGACGAAGUGAGUGACGCCUCGCGCAAGACAUGGACGGCGUCCUCUCAGCGCAGCUCCCGGCACCUGGAGGAUGAAUACUCCGACGCCUACACUGACCUGUACCAGCCUCACCGCAACCACAACAGUGGCCUCCGCAGCACCAACGGCCAUGACUCGCAGGACCGUCUUCUGGAGCGCGACUCUGAGCACAAUCACAACGACAGGAACUGGCAACGCAACCGGCCCUGGGCCAAAGAUAGUUAUUGAAACUUCCUGGCCAGGCCUCCAGGGACACAAGACACGGCGGCUGCUGUCUUUGCCAUCUCCCAAACUGAGUUAAUUGCCUGAUCUCAAGCCUUUGUCUCUUUCCCUUUGUAGCUGAGCCCCACAGAGUGCACAGGUGCUAUCUAGGGAAGCCCAGACAUAGCCAUGGCUGCCUAAAAGAGCAUUGGAUGAUUUAUCUGGCCCUCCUUCACUUUGGAUUAUGUAGGCCAUGAUAGUAUCUUUGCAGGGUAAACUUCAUAUCCCGGUCCCGUUUUGGGAUGGGUGGGGAGUCUAGGAACUGGAUUGGGCUUCUGCAUCUCAGAGAAAGAAAUUUUUUCCAAGAGAGAAGUUGGUUGUAGCUCCAAUUUAAACUGAGCAGGAGAUCAGAGCUGAAGGGAGAAAGUAAGCCAGGCAUGUGGAGACCUUAGGAUGAGUUUACUUCUUCCAAGCGGGAGACCCAGAGCCUCACUUUUUGCCUUGCUGUAAGGUUAGACCUGUGUGCACAUGUCCCAAGAUCUGUCCGAAAUUGAGAUUGGUAUAGAUAACCAAGACUGCUAAUUAAGAGUGAUGCACUCUAGAAAUUGAUAUAUGAACAGCCAAUACUGUUUCAAUUACAGGGUGUGAUCUUCACGGCAUUGGCAACCAUUUUGUGCAAAUGCUUUGGUGAAUCACGUGCAAUAAGCAGCAGGCGAAACUGAGCCACAAUAUUUCAGCCUGCACAGGAAGAGUAAUACAUCAGGAAGAAGGUAGAACUAAAAGGCUCCCUGGCACUGAAUGUUCUGCAUUCGGGGGAUUUAGUUUCGCUUAAAGUUGAGAUGGUGAAAAAUCAUUCAACUAUGGCAGGGUAAUCUAAGAGAUUAUCGAUAAAUUAUUUGCUGCUAAUUUGGAUAUAAUCCAAGUAUCACAAGGCCAAAAGAUAUCUAUGUAGCGGUGGCUUUUCUACAAGAAUAUUUAAAUGUUCAUGACUAUCAUUGAGAGGGCUACACAGCUUCCAUCUUCUGUUGCCCUUGCAAUUAUUGAUAGAUGGGUAAGGCCAGAUACAAAAGAAAAAAAAAUUGCUUCAGAUUUACCCAAGAUUUUCUUAAGUUUUCAUAUUCUUUUAUAUAACUCCCAUGACCUUGAAGCAAGUUAUUGAUUCUAAGGAAGCUGAGAUGCGAACCGUACUGUGCACUACUAACACAUGUAACAUAAAGCCUCAAGAAUCAUUUGGUAGAGUAGCAGCAGGAGAGAGGUUUAGCCCUUUCCAUCCUAGCUCCAAAAUAGUCUGUCUCCAACAUAUCCCAGCCAACUGGCUGCCUUUUCUAGAUGGGAGUUUUAGAUCCAAAGGGGGCAGUGGGGAGAGAGUCUUCAGCAGAGAAAGUUAUUUUGCACACAAAAAAUAGCCAGUGGAGAAGGGUUCAGUUAGGCCUUUCCUGACUCUUGCUGGCCUUUUAUUCCAAAUCUGUUUCAUCCCCAAUAGAGUGAAACCCUUGAAACUUUUAUUUCCUUGGAACCCCAACGCUCAGCCUUGCUCCUCUUGUCCUGCUAGGUCAUCCUCCUGCACAGUCACUUCUGUUAGCGGACUAGUGGGAAGACAUUUUUAAAGCCACAGUAUGAGAUGCUUGAGUCUGUAUCCUCCUCACUUGUCCCAAAAUUUCUUGCUAAUUGCAUGCAACUUUGAUCUUCCACUUUCCACUUGUGUUGCGGGAAGUGGAAGGGAGAUGAGGUGCCGAGUAAUCGGUUAGGUCCUGCUCUUUCAUGGUGACUCCUACCCUCAGUACUUUGGGGCUUCCAUCUUGCGGAAGUGGCCCAGGGCUAUAGACAUCCUACUUCCUGCUUUUUCUGAUGCGCAAACCCUGCUCUUCCAUUCCCCCUCUUCCAUUCUCGGGGCAGUGGGUGGCAGCCCCUUCCUUUAAAAAGCACGUACAGCUACCAGAAAUCAGCCUGUAAAUAUUGCCCACUAGCAUUGGGAGUUGUGUUGAGUAUCUGUUGUACCUUUGGAAGGUCCAGAGCCGAAGGGGAAAUGCUCUCCUGUUUUG